AAAUAGAAUCAAAAUCUUGAAAAGCUAUAAAUCACCCCCACAUGGUCAAAUCUGCCCUCCCUAUAUACUUCACAUCUCAUACAUUCAUUCCCCUCUGUCUUAAAAGUCACCUACACCACCACCUUCUCCAGGCAUAUCCUCUUCUGUCACAUGGUAUCCCAAUUUAUAUUAAUCUGAUAACAUAAUUAAUUAAUUAAUUAUUUAUUUACAGCUUUACAUAUUAUUAAAAUAGAAUUACGCUUUAUUAAAAGAAGCGCUUAUUUCAUUUUUUCACUAACCAAAUUCGAUAAUUAAGGAAAACAUAAGAAAAAUAAAUCUUACUACUAAUAUACAAGUAGGUGAGAGAGAAGAGAGAGAGAGAGAGAGCAAAAAUUUCAAUUCCAUUGGGUAUUGGUCAAACCCUAACACACAAAUCCCAUUUCCCCACCAAACAACAUUCGCAUUUUACACUUCGAAUUCACUUACACAACCGUAUAAAAAUUCAUUGAAAUGUACGUGUAUGGCGUGUAUGUAUAUAUAUAGAGGUGUACGUAUAUGCGCAUCACAUGCAAGCACGUUUAACUAGCUUUGGUUGUGAACUAAGGAGUGCGUUUGAGGAUUUGAAGGAAACUGAAAAAUCACGCCAAAAGUCCCCUUUUUGUUCCGUUAUAAGCUUCGCGAGAGUACGUGAAGAAUUUUGCUACAUCGGGUCAUUCUUUUUGAUUCAGGCGUAUUCAAGUGCAGUUGUGGAGGAAGCUUAAGAUUGAAUAUCUUGAAUUGAAUGCUCCGAGUUGUUCUCGGGUUUAUGUCCUAGCUGGGUAACAGUUAUCACCCAUUGGGCAGUUAUAUAGGAUAAGAGAAGGGCAAAAUGGCUCCAGGAAGCAAAGCUGAUAAAAAGGCAUCAGUAGAUGCAGCAGCAUGGAUGUUCAAUGUAGUCACUUCAGUUGGGAUUAUCAUUGUCAAUAAAGCAUUAAUGGCUACUUAUGGCUUCAGCUUUGCUACAACGUUAACGGGUUUGCAUUUUGCCACGACCACCUUGAUGACGGUUGUUCUUAGGUGGCUGGGUUACAUCCAAACUUCUCAUCUACCUUUUCAAGAGCUUCUGAGAUUUGUUUUGUUUGCAAAUUUUUCUAUUGUUGGGAUGAAUGUCAGUUUAAUGUGGAAUUCGGUGGGAUUCUACCAGAUCGCAAAGCUGAGUAUGAUACCAGUAUCCUGCUUGUUGGAAGUAGUGUUUGACAAGAUCAGAUAUUCAAGAGACACAAAGCUUAGUAUUCUAAUUGUUCUACUUGGUGUUGCUGUCUGCACGGUUACUGAUGUGAGUGUUAAUAGUAAAGGGUUCGUUGCUGCAUUCAUAGCAGUCUGGAGUACAGCUAUGCAACAAUAUUAUGUUUCUUUCCUUCAGAGAAAAUACUCGCUGAGUUCUUUCAAUCUACUGGGGCACACUGCACCAGCUCAAGCUGCAUCACUGUUGCUGUUAGGCCCCUUUCUGGAUUAUUGGUUGACCAACAAAAGAAUCGAUGCCUAUAACUUCAGUUUACCAUCUGCGGUGUUCUUGGUCCUCUCAUGUACUAUUGCAAUAGGAACAAACCUCAGCCAGUUCAUCUGCAUAGGCAGAUUCACCGCCGUCUCUUUUCAAGUACUUGGUCACAUGAAAACAAUCCUUGUCUUGAUCCUAGGAUUCUUAUUCUUCGGGAAAGAAGGUCUUAAUAUACAAGUAGUUAUUGGAAUGAUAAUUGCUGUUAUUGGAAUGAUGUGGUAUGGCAAUGCUUCGUCGAAACCCGGGGGUAAAGAAAGACGCAGCCAUUCAAUUCCCAAAAGCACUCAGCAAAAGCAUGAUGGAGAUUCUUCCGAGCCUGACGAAAAGGUUUAAAACCAGUUGUGCAGUUGGAGUUUUAGCAUACUUGAAAGGAUACAGAGGUUUGUUUUAUUUAGUGGCCUGAUACUCUAGAUGUAAUACAUUUUCCCCAAAAUCAUUUAUUACUGGAGUCCGCUAAAUUUUGUAAUUCUUUUAAAAAAUAUAUAUAUAUUAAAACUGAAAUCGGGUUUCCGGGACUUGGGAAAAAGGGUUGAGAGUAUUCUGAUUCAUCCAGUUUUAGUUGCUGGAUCUCAAUUUUAUAGUACACAAGUUCAUUUUUGCAUUCCAUUUGGUUGUUAAUUGAUUUUUAGUGCUUGAGAUUAAUUUCUGUAUUUAAUGAAAUUAGUAAAAAUAGACAUUUGUCAAUCCCUGUCAGGGAUUUCAAACUUAUUUGCAAUUUCAUGUUUCUAAUAGUAUUUUUUCCAUUUUUUUUUUU